AUGGAGUCAGCUGUUUCCCCCUUGGGAAUCCUUUUCUCUUCUAUCAUUAUUCAUAAAGACUUUUUAUCUAAACCGAAGUAUGCAUUACACACACUAUCGAUAAAUAAUAUAAUACAAAUCCCAUAUCAAGUAUCAUCUAACGUUCAAGUUAUUAAUUUUCAUAAAUUCGUUAAUGAUAGUUUUAAAUGCAUAAAUACCAAACAAAUUUUCAAUCUUAUACAUACUACUAUAUGUUUACAUGAAAGCAAAGAUGAUAUAUAUGUCAGCAACGUGUUCCGCGAUGCAGUGUCUAUCUGGGAAGAAGAAGGAGUAACACAAAUACUUAAGCUUCUCAUUCGUCAUUCACAUCUUGAUUUUAUUGAUAUUGGAGCAAAUAUUGGUACCUACACCAUGUAUGCUGCUGCUUUAGGACGAUUUGUAUUAGCUAUUGAUUGUUUUGCUCCGAAUAUUAAUCGCCUUUAUCGUGCUGUUCAAUUAAGUAAUCUCGCUAAUCGUGUUGUUCUUAUUGAAAAUGCGAUUGUUACUCGUUCUGGGCAGUAUUUGAAUUUGAAAAAGGAAUCAAGAAAUAUUGGUGGUCAAAACGUAGAUGUAUCUCAAAAUGUGUCCAUUACUAAAAAUCAAAUAAAUAAUCCAUAUAUAGUUCGAACAAUAACAUUAGAUGACUUAUUACCAAUAUUGGUUGCACGUGGUGUUCGUGGAGCCAUUAUGAAAGUUGAUAUUGAGGGCAGUGAAAGUUUUGUUUUUGAAAGUGGAAGUCGAGUAUUUGAUACAUUGGAGAUUCUAUGUGUAAAAAUGGAAUGGUCGAUUACAAAGGGAUACCCUGAUCGUGUUAGAGUUAUAAUAGAUUUUUUUGUAAAACGUAAUUAUGAUCCUAAAACACUUUCAUGCCAAUCAUUAAAUAUAACUCAAUAUGCAACAUGGCCAGUUGAUAUAUUUUGGAUAAAGAGAAAUGUUUCUAAUUUUUGUUAA